GACGUUAAAUAAACCCUUCGCACCAGUUCACAUUCACACUCUUUCACUCCCUCAGUUUAGAACUUGACCUAAACCCAACGUCGUCGUUUCGCCCUCCUAAUUAUCAUCGUCUCGCAAACCACCGCGUCAAUGUCGGCCAGUGGUGGUGCCACCAUCGCCGGCGGAAGCCGCAGCCGCAAUCGGCAUCUCGGCGAGGACCGCUUCUAUAGUCCGCCGCCGCUGCGGAAACACAGAGAAAAGCAGGAGCAGCAGAGGUCUUCGCUGUCGAGAACUUCGUCGGAGAACAGGCCUGGUUCUUCUUCCGAUUGUUCGAUUUCUUCGCGCGCCACAUCGGACAUGUCCAAUUUGGAUCGGUUGUUAGAGUACAUCACGCCUCAUGUUCCCGCUCAAUAUUUUCCCAAGACAAACUCGAGGAGAUGGAAAACAAGGGAGGCGGAAUUGCAUCCGUACUUUGUGCUUGGGGACUUGUGGGAAUCUUUUAAGGAAUGGAGUGCAUAUGGGGCAGGUGUUCCUCUGGUGUUGAAUGGGAGUGAAUCUGUGACGCAGUAUUAUAAUGUCUCAUUGUCUGCCAUUCAGCUGUAUAUCGAUCCGUCAAAACCUUCCACACGGUUAAGGAAACCCAGUCAAGAAAGUGAUUCUGAAUCAGCUAGAGAGACAAGCAGUGAUAGCAGCAGUGGCUAUUGUCAUGAAAGAGGAGCAAAGAGUGUUCAUGGAAGUAGAAAUCAUCUUAAUGUUUUGGAUGCAAGCAAUCAUGCUUUGGAAAGGGUCUCACUAGGUAAACCUUUCAUGGGUUCAUCGAGUGAUGAGACUGAGAGCUGCAACCCUCCUGGUCAGCUUAUAUUUGAAUACUUUGAGCAUGAGUCACCUUAUAAUCGUGAGCCAUUAGCAGAUAAGAUUUCUGAUCUUGCACGUCAAUUUCCAGAGUUGAAAACAUACUGGAGCUGUGAUCUAUCGCCUGCAAGCUGGGUUUCAUUUGCUUGGUAUCCGAUAUACAGAAUACCAACUGGUCCAACACUACAAAGCCUGAGUGCCUGCUUCUUGACCUUCCAUUCCCUGUCAACGGCUUUGCAAAGUUCAAAUACUGAUGGGCUACAUAUUCAUUAUUCAAGAGGUAGGGAAAUGUCAUCCAAGCUGUCGUUACCGAUCUUUGGGCUUGCCUUUCACAAGUUCAAAGUUUCCAUCUGGGAUCCUGAUGGGGUUUCUGAAUGUCAGAAAGCUAACUCUCUGUCACGAGCUGCAGAAAACUGGCUCAGGCUACUGCGAGUUAAUCAUCCUGACUACAAUUUCUUCAUGACUCAUUAUACACAUUUGAGAUGAGAAGAGGUUUCUCCAAACGAAGCAGCCCGACUUCUGAAUUCCUGUUUAUGUAGCCCCUGCACAGUAUAUUUGUGUUGUCCAUUAAAUUAACAGUUAUUUUUCCAUGUGCUCAUACAUAAACGCCUGGAUCAAAUGUGUUUUGCUAAAUAGAACAGCAGGGUCGCAGCUUCAGUAAGGGGGAGAAAUAGGUAUUGAAAAUUAUACACGUUUCAUGUUAAAGGAUCCGCUUCUGAUUUUCGCAGGAAUAUGAUGCAAAAGAAAAACAUGAUUUACAAAGUUUCUGCUUUUUUUUAUGUCACCUGUUACUUGUCUAGUACUAACGAUGCUGACAUCUUAAACCCCAGUAUACACAUCCUUAGCUUUGACUGAGAUGUAAUUCUUGAAAUUCUGAAUGAAUUGUGUCUUUACGU